AUGACGGACAUCCCUUUCCACUCGCGCCUCAUGCGCCUGGUGGUGCUGCUAGCGCUCGCGGCGUUGGCCGUCACCGCCACCUCGGCGGCUGCCAGCUUGCGGGCCGCCGGCUCCGGCGCCGUGGCCGCGUCCCACCCCGAGCGGCGCAGUGUCGGCGAGCAGAUCCAGCGCCACCUCCGGCAGCAGGCCGCUCAGGAUGAGGACGAGGGCGACCUGCUGCGCAUCGACCGCCGAUGGCUGCUGGCCCAGGAGGACGACUCGGAGCUCCCGGUGUCCACCAUCUAUCGUACCAUCACCGUUUACGGCCCGGUGCCGACGACCAUUGUCAUGCCCACCACGGUGACGGUCGACCCGGGGACCAAGGAGAUCAACGCCCCGGAGAACCCGACCCUCAUCCCGACCAUCCCGCCCAUCCCCACGGUGCCAACAGUGCCGCCGGUUCCGACCAUCCCACGAGUGCCCUCCAUUCCCAAGGUCCCCAAAAUCCCGACGGCCGAGCUGGGCGCCGGCAGCAGCGGGUCCCUGGCCGAUGGCUCGACCGAUGGCCCGGCCGAGCAGCCCACCGAAAAGGAGGUGGUGGAUCCGCCCCGCCCGUCGACCCCCUCGACCGAGCCCGAGCCCGAGCCCACGGCCGCCACGCCGCCCGUCAAGGACGACACCAUCGAGCCCAUGCCCACCGCCGGCCCACCGGCCAAGGACACCAUCGAGCCCAUGCCCACCGCCGGCCCACCGGCCAAGGACACCAUCGAGCCCAUGCCGACCAUGUCCCCGGAGCCGCUGCCCUCCGAGGGGGUGCCCAUGCCGACGGCCACGCUACGCCCGCCGCCGGACACCGAGGACCCGGUCCCUCCCACGGCCCCGGCUCCGGAGCCCCAUCCGACGCUGAUCCCCCGGCCGACGCUCGUGCCGCCCCAGCCGACCGCCCCCCAGCCGAAGCCCACUCUCUUCCCGACCAUCCUGCCCACCAUCGUCCCUCGACCCUCCAAGCCUGUGGCCCCCAAGGACAAGGGCCCGGUUCGUGCGGCCACCCUCGAAGGCUCGGAGGAAGACUUCGAGGAGCAUCUCGAGGAUGUCGAUGGCGACCGCACGGUGAAUGAGGUCCCACGGCUACCCGUCCGGCCCCAGCCCACUGAGCGGGCCUCCGAGGGCCAGGCUCCCCUGAGCGAAUCGCCCUCCGAGAGUCCGUCUGUCGAGCCCACCGAGGCGCCGACCGCUGCUCCGACUGCUGCUCCGACCGAGGCGCCGACCGCUGCUCCGACUGCUGCUCCGACCGAGGCGCCGACCGCUGCCCCGACCGCUGCUCCAACCGCCGCUCCGACCGAGGCGCCGACUGCCGCCCCGACCGCCGCCCCGACCGCCGCCCCGACUGAGGCACCGACCGCUGCUCCAACCGCCGCCCCGACCGCCGCUCCGACUGAAGCCCCGACUACCGCUCCGACUGAAGCCCCGACCGCCGCUCCGACUGAAGCCCCGACUACCGCCCCGACUGAGCUCCCUACCGAGGCGCCCACCGAUGCUCCCACUGUCCUGCCACCGGGUGAAGAUUCGGAUUCCGAGUCGGAUGAUGUCUCAGGCAGCCAGGGAGCCUCCAAUGGCGAAUCCCACAGCGCCCCGACUGACAGCAGCAUGAGCGGCUCGCAUUCGGGCUCCGCCUCCGGUACCGACUCGCAUCCCGGCUCCGGCUCCGGCUCCGGCUCCGGUUCGCAUGAGACUUCCUCCUCGGGACACGGCUCCUCCUCCUCCGAGCAUGCCUCCUCGUCCGAGCAUGCCUCCUCGUCCGAGCAUGCCUCUUCAUCCGAGCACGCCUCUUCCUCCUCCAGCGGUGACAGCCAUGCUGGUAGCACUUCCGACUCCAGCAGCGGCUCCAGUGGCGUCAUCCCCCCGGGCGGCUAUGAAACCACCUCCUUCUGGAUCAUCAUCCUGGACAAGGAGUACAGCGACUGGAACGAUAGCAUGACACAACGCUGGAAGGGCCAGGCCAUCACACGCCUGAAUCACGAUCGCACAUCCAAUCUCUACAGCCUGAUGGUUAACCGGGCCGACACGGUGGAGAAGGGCACCCACAUGGGCCGCACGCGCAUCUACUUCUCGCUGAUUACCCCGGACAUGCAGGACUCGGAUCACAUCUUCCGGUCGAUCGGCCCGGGCGCCGGGCACGAGGACUCCUCCGCCGGCCAGGACCCCACCAUGUCACCCCCACCGGCGCCCAGCUGGACAGUCCUGUCGCUGGUCCGGGUGCAGAAUGUGUCCGAGCAGCUGCCCGGGCCGAAGGCUGGCGGCGGCCUCCAAGGGGGCGCCCUCAUUGGCACCAUCGUCGGGGCUGUCGGCGCGGCACUGCUGGUCAGUGGUGUGGCCGUCGGCCUGGUGGUCUGGAGCCGGCGCCGUCGUGGCCCGGGCGGUGGCGGCCCACAGCGGCGCUCCAGCACCAAUGGCACCGGCACCUUCCGGGUGUACCACCGGGAGGAUGACGCCGAACGCGCGGCCGGAGCCAUGUCCCGGAGCAACAGCGCCGUCGGAGGGCCGAAGGCCCGUGAGGCAGCAGCCGGCAGCACCACUGCCACCCUGGCCACCGCCGGGAGCCAGCCCUCCGCCACCAGCCCCACCGGCCAGGGAUUCGUCAUUGGUCAGAACAACCGCACCCUGAUGAGCUCGAACCCGGUGAGCCCCCACGGCGUGCAGCCUUGAGGUGAUGCGCAACACAAGCCCACGAACGGGGCGCAGG